UAAUCAACCCUUUGAAACUCUGUACAAAGUGCACAAAUGCUGUCACACCUGAUCAGUAUAUGAUAAGCGCAUAAUCAUCCAAUGGCUUCCACACAAUUUUCGGACGGGUGCAUCUUCUGCAAGAUUGCCUCUGGGAAGGACGCCAGCACCGUCAUUCUGUUCGAAAAUGAACGAAUUUGUAUCUUCAAAGAUAUUCGACCUGCGGCCGAUAACCACCUGCUGGCUAUACCGAAGCACCACAUAGGCGAUGUGCGGCCACUAACAGUCAGUGAUAAACCUCUGCUGGAAGAGAUGAGAACGGAACUCUCUAACGUUCUGAAGGAUCAGUUCCAGGUUGACGACACUACGGUUCUGUUCGGUUUCCAUAUUCCACCGUUUACAACGGUGAAGCAUUUGCAUAUGCACGGAAUAGCACCAGUUAGUAGCAUGGGAUUUAUAUCGAGAAUGAUGUUCAAACCGGAAUCGAUGUGGUUCAAAACGUUUCAUCGCUUUUUCACCAGCUUCACACGAACGCUCUCGCCGACGCUGAUGCUCAUCAAUCAGCUUUUGCUUCACCAGCUCCAUUGUCUGAUCUGGCAUCUGGUCUACUUUCGACGGCGGUGACUAGACUGCCAUAAGACUCAGGCAAGCUCCGUUAAAUCAUCGCGAUUUUUAGUGACGUCUCCAUCUCCUGACCGGCACAGGCCAACUUGUCGAAAAGCUCAUCAAGCUCGGACAGAUGCUUCUCAAUAUCGUCACCUUCGGUCAUAUUCAGGCUGCAAAUACAACGUAGCAAAGCCACUCUCGACGUCAUCGAGGUCUUCUCGUGAAAAGCUUUUAACUUAUUCCACGCAUCUAACGCUGACUCAGCAUUGCGUACGAGAUUAAGCUGACUGUCAUCCACGCACACAAAACAAUAAUAGCCAGCGCUUUCUCAUCUACCUUCGUCCAGUCAUCAGUGACCGGCUCGGGCUUCACACCCAUUAACACUUUCCACAGUUCUUCACGCUUCAGAUACAUUUCCAUACGUGUUCUCCACACAGGAAAGUUCUGGUUGUUCAGGCGAGUGAAAAGAAAUUUCUCAUUCAUUUUUCUCUCCUAUCAUGUAGGAAGCACACGAGAACGAGAAAAAAACACCACUCGAAAAAACACACGCACACUAUCGCAGCCGUGCGCUGCGUACACUGAAAAAAAUCCAAACGUUAAUUCUAUUUGCUUCAAACCGCUUAAAAUUCAUAUGAAGAAGAAAUGCUAUUGUUAUCACGCGCACACAUACCUUCUAUGUGUCAACUGUAUAGACUAUGUAUGCACACACAUAAGUUAUAUGUGCAUAUUAUUAUAGAAUGGGGUUUUAUGUGCCUAAUAGUUAUGAAAUGUGAAUGUAAGAUUAAUAUUUUUUGUAAAUACACACAUUAGGUUUAUGUGCCAGCAAAUAGUGUCUAUAUGCCUCCGUUAAUUGCAAAAAUCUAUGUGUAAAAUCAAUAGGCAUAACGUUUAUUUUUUUUUGAGUGUAGCAACUCGAACCAAAAGUAGCUAACGUGAGAACUGUACCGACGCCGAAAGUUUUCGCGCACUGAUAGCUUCCUAGAAGCAAUGUCGUAUAUACAGGUCUGGAGAAGAUGGCACUUUGGUAUUCGUAAGAUGAAUCUUACAUGAGUGGUGUGAGUGAUCACAGUAUAAAUCGACUUGCUUUCGUCAUAGCGGUCGUUCCGCUCCCAUUGAAUCGUGUGACCGCUAUGACGUCGACCCAUUGUGCUUCUGGAUUGUAUACAUAUUUCUGGUUGCCAAGACUAGCAAACCGUGUGUUCUGCCACACCUAUAUAUACCUCAUUGUCCUAGAAGCACUCUUUGUCCCGUAAAAAACUUAUUUCUUCACCAAAUCUGGGCCCAUAACCUGUGGGAAACUCGGUUCCCAACGAACAGGUUAACCAGUUUCCCCGAAACGGAACAGCCGGAACUAACCGUAGGGACUCGCGUAGGUAAAAAUGAAAUAAAAUUACGACACGGGACCGAUCGAUUUAUACGUCUUUUAUUUCGUCGUUUCGUAUACACUGUUUAAUACUUGUUUCUCUCGCAUAUGUUGCCAGCAAUGAGAUGCAGUCCCGAGCAAACGAAAAGCCCAUAAUACACCCAUGCCCAUGGGGUUUGACAUGGGUGUUUGAAAUGGGUUCAACCCAUGAAAACACCAUCACCAUGGUCUGGUAGAUCCCAUAUAAAAUACCAUAUGUUGGUUUAUUUAUGGGUUACUGAGACCAUUUUAUGGUGUCUUGAUGGUUGUGAAUAUUGGCACGGAUCAUGUUGAAGGUCUUUUCAAGGGGCUAUGUGGUGUUUGAACCCAUGAGUAUUUGCUCGGGGUGGCGGCGUUACUAAAAACAUCGCCCCCACUUUAUUAUAACUGACAGUCAGUUCUACGGGACAUCGCAUCAGAAACUUCAAUUCACCCAUUCAUACAGGCCAUUGAGUCCCACCAAGACUCCCUGAUCACACUGAUACCGACCGGCAGACGGGCCCGAGCCCGACUACCAGAAGAAAUACCAACAAUCGACAUAGAGUACAAUACUAAGGUAUGGCGUACCGGCCUGGGCUGCUGCCCUGAAUUCAAAUCGGAACCUAACUAAGUUGACAACCACUUUUCGUGCUUGUGUACAGAUCGAUAUCGUCGAAGGCGGUAUGCGUCAUUAUCUGGGCAUAGAUGCUUCCGGAAGUAACUGCAUCGGUUUGGACAUGCUUUGUCACCCCUUUGUCCAGAGAGUCGUGCAAGAGACACCGGAACACGUGGUCUUCAAAUGCCCUAGGUGGGAAGAAGUUCGAAGGGCUAUGCCUGGUGUGACAGUUGACAAUAUCGCCGAAGAGAUGUGCCACGACGAGCAUAUCUGGGACGCUGUCAACAGAGUGGUUACGAGUAUACUUUCCGAGCUGCAGAGGAAGUGGCGAAAGGAUUAACAAAGCAAUGGCAUCAUCUAGAAAGCCGCCGUCAAACCACAAAUCGGGUUUCGGAGAAUUACGGUCGCCGAGGAAAUCUCCGUCGUUGUUGACUAGGUCCACCGCCGGGAAGCAGUUGAGUAGUCGGCGUAACACCGGGUUCAGGGCGCCAAUGAACCAAACGUCAGGCUUCACCGGAAUCGCCGAACCGACUGCGACACCCUACCAAGUAGUUCAAGAGUAGGAUCGUUGGGGCGCCAGUGAACCGAAAGCUACGCUGGCCCGUUAGGUUCACCGCCGUGGACUAGAUCGAGUAGAUCGAGAUGAACCGGGGAGCUAAAUAGCUCACGGAGUCGAACAUCGGUAUCGGGAGAAAUCUACCGUCGGGGAAUUCACAGUAGGGUAGAUUGACGGCCGUGGACUAUCCUUGACAAAAAUGGGAACUAAUUGGCUCACGAAACAGACAUCGCUACCGAGAGAAAGUCCGCUGCCAGACAACUCUUAGCCGGAGUGGGGUAUUUAACCGCCGGAUAAUAUCCGAGUAGAUCUCGAUAAAACUGGGAGCUAAAUGGUUCACGGAAGUAUAUUAUCUGUGUCGGGAGAAAUUCAUCCAUCAGGGAACUCUCAAUCGGAGUAAGGUGACUUCACGACUAUCCGAGUAGAUCGUUGGCGUGGCUGGGAGUUGAAUGGCUCACGGAAGCGGGAGCUAAAUGGCUCAUGGAAUCAGCAGCGGCUCACUGGGACGAGAACUAAAUGGCAACGUAAUAGAUGGAAACAAGAAGCAAUACCUCAAUGUAGUUCCCAUGGGAAGAAGUGCGAGAAAAGAGUAAGGAGUGUUUUUGUGGUUAAACACGAAAGUGAGUCGUGAGUCCCAC